AGUAUAAUAUUCGUUUUCUGUCUGCAAAUAUUUCUAACAUACAAUCAUGUAUUUGCUUAGGGGACAGAAUUUUGAAUGUAACUGAAGGCCUAUUGGGAUUAAGUAACGGUAUACCAGUUAUUGGAACACUGGCACAACAUACCUAAGAUAUACACCAUCAAGAUGAAGAAGACGAACAACAAAUCCCAAGCAUACGCAUCCAGCCAGGAGGACAGCGAGAACGACAGUGACCAGACGGAAUGCAGCAUUGGCAGCAAUUCUACCGCUGGCACUCAUCGCAGCGACACCCCCACUCGUAGUGCUCGUUACCGACGAAAGGGCCGUCGCAGGAGCAAAACUACAACCAAGUACAAGCCCUCCACGGACAAGCCAUUGUACAAGUAUUGUUGCAACGUGAAAGAGGAUCACGGGCAACCAUUGUUCGGGGUGCAAUUUAAUCAUCACUUGAAGGAAGGCGAGCCACUGAUAUUCGCUUGCGUGGGCAGUAACCGCGUGAGUAUUUACGAAUGCCCAGAAGGCGGAAACAUACGACUGCGACAAUGCUACUCCGAUCCUGACGCGGAAGAAAACUUCUACACGUGCACAUGGACGUAUGACGACAUGGGCAAGCCACUGCUGGCCGUAGCGGGCUCCCGCGGCGUUAUUCGUAUCAUCAGCCCUGUGACGAUGACCUGCAUCAAGCACUACAUCGGUCACGGCCAUGCAAUCAACGAACUGAAGAUUCACCCGUGCGACCCGAACAUAUUGUUAUCCGCAUCCAAGGAUCACGCCCUACGACUGUGGAACAUUAAAACGGACGUAUGCAUCGCAAUUUUCGGUGGCGUGGAGGGUCACCGGGACGAGGUGUUGAGCGCCGACUUCGACAUGCGAGGCAUGCGAAUCAUCUCGUGCGGUAUGGAUCACGCGUUGAAACUUUGGUCAUUGGACAAAACAGACAUGCAAGAGGCGAUCAAGCAGUCAUAUUACUGCAAUCCCAGUCGCAAUGGUAGACCAUUCGACUCGAUUCUCCAACACUUUCCAGACUUUACUACGCGCGACGUUCACCGCAAUUACGUUGAUUGCGUCAAAUGGUACGGCGAUUUCAUCCUGAGCAAGUCCUGCGAAAACUGUAUUGUUUGCUGGAAACCCGGCAGACUCGAAGACUCGCAGCUGCGUAAUGGCGAGACCAGCGCGACUAUGCUGCAUCGUUUCGAAUUCAAGGAAUGCGACAUUUGGUUCAUACGUUUCUCCAUGGAUUUUUGGCAGCGAACAAUCGCCUUGGGGAAUCAGGUCGGUCGUACUUAUGUUUGGGACCUGGACGUGGAUGAACCCGGACAGGCGCGCUGCUUCUCCCUUCAGCAUCCGCGUUGCACUGCACCCAUCCGCCAAACCAGCUUGAGUCGGGAUGGCUCAGUGUUAUUGUGCGUAUGCGAUGAUGCGACCAUUUGGAGGUGGAAUCGUGAUCAGUAAUGUUAAACUCUUGACAAAAGGUCGAUAAAAACUAAUGCGCGCGUAUCAAGAAAUGUAUAUACUUAUUAUAAUUAUAUACUCUGUCUUGUUGUCUAAAUAAGUUAACCCAAGAUCUACUUAUGCUAUGUUCCAAUUCACUGUUAGCAUUGAAAAUCUAUUGUUCAUGUUACAUAUACUAUAGAUUUUCAGCUUUAUAGUUGUCAAUAAUUUUGAGAUUGCCUUAGUAUGUAAGCCAACUUUGAAAGAUAUACUAUUAUUAACUUUAGUUAAGAGCUUCUUCAGUUAAGUCUUAACUUUAGUUAUAAAAUCUAAAUUAAUUUAAGCUGCAGAAUUCAUAAAAAUCAGUAGGGCAAUCAAUGCAUUAAUGUGCAAAUGAAUAAGAUGAAAGAUUGUUUUUUAUAUAGUUUAUAUAUUUUUUAUAAUUAUAAAUAAAGAAAUAAAUUGUGUAUAUAUAUAAUCCA